AUGGCAGCACCUACGAUCUCGAAGACAGCGAUACCGCGUUUCCUUUUGCCGCAAACCUCAUGGGCAGCUACGAGUACAUUCAGACCCACGCCACAGUGCAUAGUUGAAGCGAGGCGGCAUCGAUCCAGCGCAACUCCUGGAGGACGCGCUACAAGCACCAUCACCUCAGUUCUGCAGCGACAACGUGUUCUACGAUCUCACAAGGAGAGCACACAAUUUGCUGCUGGCUAUGCCACAGCUCUCGAGUUUCGUCGCAACUUCAGCGCCACUGCACCACAACUCAAGGACCACCACUUUGACACACUCAAGUUCGUUCAACGCUUGAAAGAGGAAGGGUUCACAGAUGAGCAAGCGGAAGGAAUGAUGAGAGUACUUGGGGAUGUCAUAGAGGAAAGCAUACAGAAUCUCACACGUACCAUGGUUCUUCGCGAAGACCAAGAGAAGGCUACGUACACGCAGAAGGUCGAUUUCGCAAAGCUGCGAUCCGAACUCAUGACAGCCGAUUCCACAGAGUCUUCGCUGACUCGCGCUUCCCACGAACGGUUAACGAACGAGCUGGCUAAGCUGAACUCACGAUUGCGAGAUGAGAUACAACGGACGCAGGCGUCUGUGCGGUUGGACUUGAACCUUGAAAAGGGUCGCAUCAGGGAGGAGGCGAACGUGCAGGAGCUCAAACUGAAGGAGACCGAGACAAGGAUCGAGCAGGAGACAGCGCAACUGCGGGAGAGGCUCGAAGCAGUCAAGUUUUCCACGCUGCAGUGGUUGAUGGGUGUUUGCACGGGUACUGCGGCGCUCAUGCUCGGUGUUUGGCGUUUGCUGAUGUGA